GUGCUUCACAUGUACACUUGGAGGCGAAGCCACUUGUACUGUCAAUGAGCUCCUAACGUUUCAGGUACCUGUCUUGGAAAGGAAAGGGACAGUUCUCUCUCCGGCCCAAUUGUUAAAGGGUAUUUCUUGAUCAGCAUCUGACCUUCUUUCAGAGUUGGUAGUGUUUCUGAUGAAGGUUUAUACACUAUGGCCCCACUUGCCUGUUGCCUUGCAAUCUCCUUUGUUUUCCCGGUGGUGUUAAGUAACACAGACAUGCAAGUCCUAAAAAACAUUUCCGAGCUUAAGCCUCCGACCAACCUGACGAUUGUGGAUAGGCAGCUUGGGGAAGUGACAAUUUCUUGGAAUGAUGGUCUCAGUGAAAUCAUCAAGGCUUCUACACGCGUUAAAUAUCCAUUUGAGUACAAAUACUUUGAUUCUCAAACUUGGCAAGAAGAUUCCAGGCUUCUGGAGUCAGAAUAUAGGAAAACAUUUGAAUUACACCGGGGGGUUUCCGUACGAGUUAAAACUAUGGUCCAGGCUAUGCGCAAAAUUAAAAAAGUGGAAAGCAACUGGACUGUAAUUGAUAUCCAACCACCACCAGGUGACCAUGAAACCUUGGCUUCUAAUGUCUCAUGUAUUGUCUAUAAUAAUUCACUGAUGAAUUGUACGUGGAAUCAGGGCAGCAAAGCGCCACAUGAUACCCGAUAUGAAAUGUAUUACAGACAGGGUGGGAACAUCAGUCAAUGUACCUCCUAUUUUUUGGAUGAAGAUGGCAGACAGGGCUGCCAUGUUUCUCAAAUCGAAGUUAAUGCUGAGAACGUUAUAAUCUGUGUCAAUGGAUCGAGUAAUUCUACACUGAUUCAGGCAUAUUAUACAGACUUUAGUCCGUGGGAAUAUGAGAUGUUCAACGCACCAAUAAAUCUUAAGGUUUUACUAAAUCUGUCUGUGACAUGGGAAAUGCUUCAUUGUUGUAGAUGUUUUCAAUUUCAAUUGCAAGUUACAAAUUUGGAUCAAGGUCAUCAUGAGUUUUUCAUUGUUGAGGAAGAAACAAAAUAUAGCCUUCAAAGUAUCAACCUCACAGAACGUUACUCGGUGAAAGUAAGAGUAAAGUCAAAAUCAACUUGCGGGGAGAAUAAGUAUUGGAGUGAAUGGAGCAAUGAGGUUUUUAUUGAACGCACUCUGUCACUUAAUAUGCAUUGGUUCGUGCAUAUGUCGGUCGUACUUGUAACUAUGGUGGGACUGCUUCUAAUAUUUGCAUUCGGAAGGUACAGAGUACUGGAAGUUGCAUUCAAACCAAUUCCCAAUCCUCAAAAGAAGUUCAAAGCAUUGUUUGAAGAAUACAAUGGAGAUUUCCAGAAUUGGAUGAACUGUCAGGUACCAGUCUCAGAACUUGAUGAAUGCCAUCCAGUUGUCAUUGAAGAAGGUCCCCACAUUGAAGCAUAAAAUAAGAAACUUUCACCACCAUAACUCCAUACAUCUGGCAAACUGACAUAAUCAUAUGUGUAUUAAUGCUUAAUUUCUCCCUUCACGUAUCUAUUACGUGUAAACUGUGAAUUAUUGUCAUUCAAGAUUCAAGGACUCAUAUUAGUUCAAGACCAAUGCCAUUGAGCAGAAAUAUUGCAUUGAAUUUACUUGGCACCAUGGUAGUGGAUAAUGGUGAUUGGGCUGGAAAAAUAGCGAGGAGCUAUGGGAUGAUGAAGUUUUUGGGAAAGCCAAAGAAAUCUUUUGGUUGCUGGCCCUCUGGAGAUGAAAAGCCAAUUGACAUCUUUCCAGGCUGCAGGCUGGGGUGAUUUCAAUGAAUACGUCAAUUCAAAGUUUGUGCGAAGAUUUGUAGCUCGGGUGCUCGUUGUUGUGGUUCUGUUCGCCGAGCUGGAAGUUUU